AUGGCGGCGGCUGUUGCGCCAGUGUUGAAAUCUGCCACUUUCGAGCUUUUCCACAACAAUCCAAUUAUGACUGAGAACGAUGUUAAAAAAACUAGCGAGGAAGAGAACCAGGUCGAUGGAUACGAUUGUGAAGUGGAAUCACUCAUAGAAAUAUCGGCAGAUGAAAAGAAGGCAUUGCUAUCUCGCUCCAAACAGGAAUUCAGUAACCGACGCCGUGUUGUGAUUGAAAACCUACCAGCAAACGUUAGCAAACAGGCUCUAGAAGAACUCCUCAGUGGUUUUCAAGUAAAGCAGAUUGACAUUGAAGGGAGCAAAAGAAAAGCUCAAGUAAUAUUAAUCAGCAGUGAUGAAGCGAGUAGAGUGAUUGCUAAAUUGAAUAAUUCACUAUAUAAAGAGAAUAAGAUCCUUGUAAGAAUGCCACCAUUAGAGGUAAUCUGUAUUAUGAAUCUUCCGUUGAAUUUCAACCACCAAGACUUUGAAGACUUAGUGCAACAGUUUGGCAGUGUACAUAGAUGCUUUUUAAUCUAUAGUGAAAGCAGUGGACACAGUAAAGGUUAUGGAUUUGUAGAGUAUGAAAAUACAGAAUCUGCGUUAAAAGCUCGUAAUGACCUUGCUAAUAAACAACUAGCUAUAGGCAUAAACAGAGAUGAGAAAACCUUUGGUGUGAUUGAGUUUGAUAGAUCCGAAGAUGCAGAGACAGUUCACAUAUCUCUUCAUGGUAAACUAAUCUGUGAUGGUAAAGUUGCGAUAUCAUUCUGUACACCGGGACAAACAGGACACCAGAUAUUCAGUGCAAUGAUGGCUAGGAUAAAUGGCUCACACAGGAAAUAUUUACUUCCUGAUCCUACACCUAGUGUUUUAGCUCAGGGUAAUAGCGAUACUAAAACUACCAAACUAAGUCUUCUUGGAGCACCUCCUUCAAUGCCGUUCAUUCCAGUCAGUCAACAAGGUGGUACCCCGGCAUCGGUUUCCAUGAUGAAUGCUAUGGUAGCUUCUCAUUUUCAGAAUCCAUUCUCUCAACAAAUGAAAGAGAACGUUCCAAAACCUUCAUUGCUAGGGACGCCACAAGUCAAUAGUGGACCAGCAAAUAAUUUAGCUUUAAUGCUUGCAUUGCAACAGCAACAACAGCAGCAGCAGCAGCAGCAACUACAACAACAACUGCAGCAACAACUGCAACAACAGCAGCAAGUUCAGCAGCAGCAGGUUCACAAUCCUCCAACCCAAUCGAAGGUUCCGUUGUUAGGAACUGCCCCAGCUAAUAGAACAGCCAAUGAGAUAAAUCUAAGUGAUCAGCUGCUUAUAGGAAAGACGCUGUCACCUAAUCAGAGCUGCACUCCUGCAGUUAACAACAAUACACCUUCCUUGCUGGGACCAGCCCCACCAUCGUCUGCCUCAUCACCUUACUUACAAGUUGUAGCACAAGUACAACAAAACCUGUUAGCACAAUUACAACAACAACAGCAGCAGCAACAACAGAAGCCAGUUGUGUCUACUCCCAAGCCGUCACUUCUUGGAGAUCCGGCGUCAGCUUUAUUACAGACGCAGGCUGCGUAUUUAGUUGCGUUAAGUAAUAGUGUACAGAACCAAAAUAAUCCUGUACCUGCGGUGAAUACAAGCACCACCAAAAAGACAUUGUUAGGGACUUCACCAACACAGCUCUCGAACAACCUACUGAAUAUUUCUGCCAACCCUGUUCAGCAGCAGCAGCAGCAGCAGCAGCAGCAACAGCAGGCAUCCCCAUUGUUACCUCAGCCACCGCAACAAACCUCAAUUGAACAGUAUCAAAAUAAUAUUCAACAAUGGUAUCAGCAGCAGCAGCAACAACAAGAUGUGAAUAUUACUCAAGAUUUAACCAAUCAAAGUGGUGUGUAUGAGCAGUAUUUACCAUCCUACAGUGAUCAGCUUGGUCAGUAUCUUAUCCCAAACACAGCAAUACAAGCACAACAAGCAACAGUCGAUAACACGUCACCGCAGUAUGGUGUUACAAAUGCAGCACAGCAAGCGUAUGAUUAUAUCAAUAAGUUCAUGCAGAAGCAAACUCAGCCACCGCAACCGCAAAGUGCAGCUAUGUUUAACAGUGAUGCACUGUAUCAGAGCUAUCAUCAGACAGCACCCAGUAUUGUGAAUCCUAAUUAUAAUUAUUAUAAUGAUCAGUGGUCUACAUCAGCUUACAGUCCAUCAACACCCAGUAAUACAAACUAUAGUAGUAGUAGUGCAAACUAUAGUACUCAGUUGACUACUCCUGUUGCGGGACAAAAACGUAGUUCAGCGCAUAUUCUGCCGUCACCAGAACCAAGUCCAGAUAAUGGGUAUGUUGGACAGCAUUCACAAGGCUUAGGUGGACAUUAUGCUGACUCUUACAAGAGAAGAAAAAUUGUAUAGACCAAGACUGAACAUUCCAGUUACUGACAUCAUGUUAACCCUUUAACUGUGACCAAAAAAAAAUGAUCAAUAUACCGGGUAUGUACCCAGUAUGGGAGAUUGUGCCCAUUUGAUUCAAAACUUAAGAAAACUGCUAAAUGUUUUGGUGGAAAAAAAUGGUGUCCAAAGAGUCAAAAUAAAUUCACAUUGACAUAUGUUUAUCUUAACAGUGUCAGGUGGAAUUUGUACAUUUUCAUCAUCCUCUGUUUACCUGGAACCACAUAAUUCCGGUAUUUCGUAGAAAUUCUCUGAGAUCUUGCCAUUUUGUUUCUUCCAAAGAUAUUUUGAAAACAAAUUUGUAAUAGCAUUAAGAGUUCUAUUUUCUCUUUUAAUAGUAAAUGAAAAUUUUAGUUUUAUUUACAACUAUAAUGUUUUUACUGUGAUUAGUUUUUAAUGACCAUGUUAAUGAUAUUUAGAAUGUAGGGGUAGAGGUAGAUUGGAUUAGGUAUUAGAGCAAAAGACAUGAAUCAUAGAAGUCAUGAAAUGCCAGUGUUUCAAACAAUACUGCCAAUGAACGGUUAAUUUGUGUGCUAUGGUCAAUCACUGCCUCUGACUGGGCACUUGCAAUUGUUGUCAUUUUUGUCCUGUACAGUACAGUAAUCUUUUCAAAAUAUUCUUGUUUUCGUAAGUUUAUAUUGUAGUUUUGCCCAGAAACCAAAAUGUUAAGCCACUGGGUAUCAGUAAAGUACAUAGAUAUAGGUAUGUACAUUCUUGCUGGAAUUCUGGUUGCAGCCACUUCUUUCUGCAAUACACAUCAUGGUAUCUUCCAAUUAUCCAUUUUUUCUUAUUUAUACCAAAUUUUCUUUGCUUAUUGCAUUUGUCCUUAUGUUGGUCAAAUCUGUAACUUUCUGCAAGACCUUUUUUUAGAAAUAUUUUCUGAACUUGAGUUUCGUAUUUGUGUGAAUAUUUCGUUUUCUAUACUGGAUUGAUUUUUUUGAAUUUUUUUUUUUCCAACUAACAGUUAAACUAAAACAUAGUAGUGGCCUGGCUUGAACUUUGCAAAUGCUAUAGACCUUAUUCGUAAAUGGCCGCAAAGAUCUUGUUGAAAGUGAGAGAGCCACACGACUUGUUUUUGCUUCCAAACAGUGUUCCACUAUCUACUGCCAUUGUUUGCAUAAAUACAUGGCGCUAGUGAUUUUGUGCAUAUUUUGGAAAACUGGGAUCAAUUUUAGCUUUACUUGUAGUUGCAUGGAUAUUUACGUUUUAUUUUAAGGUGAAAAAAAACAAAACUUUAUAAUCUGUCAUCCAGUGGGUUUUAGCUAAAUUUAGCAUUCGGCAGAAAAUGGGUACUUGUAUUGUGGGGGUCUGUUCUGGUUUCAGUAUUAACAAAAGUAAAAAUAGUUUAUGUAUAUUUGUGUAUGAAAAUUGUAUUUUAGAGAAAUGUUUAUUUUUUUUUGAAAACUGAUUAGUCCUCUCAAACCAAAGACUGUAAGUUUACUUUGUCUGUCUACUCUAAUUUCAAUUUCAAAUGUAAAUAUUAUUUUUCUUCAAGUUAUACAUCAUUUCAGUUAAGGACAUUUUAAUAUAUUUUGUUGGAUUUAAAGGAGUUUAAGGGAUAGUUGUGUUUAUCUAUUUGAUUUUGAGGAUGUUCAUCAUACGACAGUAUCUGACUCUGAGGGCGCUAUCUUUUUUCAGCAUUAACGCACAUGAGGGCGCUAUCUUGUAUGAUAUCAGAGUGAGACUGCA